AUGGCAUCCAGCUUAGGGACAGAAUCGUCUAUCAAAUCAUCGGCGGAUCAGCCUAAGAGCUCUUCUGGUUCCAUUCUCUCCGUCGACUCCAAGGGCUUAUCUAUCAACGUCGACGUCAAUGCAACUAAUGCUGAUGACCUGGUGGACGAGCCAGAUCAGCAGUUCAAGUGGACCAGCAUCUUAUUUCGCCGUCACCAGUUGAAACCCUUAGAUCUUGACGCAACAGCUACGAGGCGUUCCGUUUACGACGACCCUCAUCUAGCUUCACACUAUUGGCCGAAGAAAGAUUACGAGAAUCUUCACAGGUUCGAUCCUAAUGCACGAUGGACUCACAGAGAGGAACAGGCUAUCAUACGAAAAAUUGAUUGGAAAGUUAUGCUCUGGGCUGCCUUCAGUUUUUCUGCACUCAAUCUAGAUCGUUACAACAUAAGUUCAGCCAACACGGACAAUUUCUUACCGGACUUGCAUAUGACUACAGAUGAUUUUAAUCUUGGAAACACUGUCUUCCGCUUAGCCUUUCUGUGUGCUGAGUUGCCUUCUCAGCUUGUCUCGAAAAGGAUUGGUCCGGAUCGAUGGAUUCCUAUGCAAGUGUGCCUCUGGAGCCUGGUUACUAUGGCACAAUUCUUUCUGUCAGGACGUUCAUCAUUCCUUGUUUGCCGCGCGCUCCUCGGGUAUUUCUAUACAAAGAAUGAGCUACCUGUUCGCCUUGCUCUUUUUUGGAUGUCAAGCAAUUUUUGCAAUAUCAUCGCCAGUUUUAUUGCCUACGGGACGUUACAGCUCAAUGGUGUAGCCGGUAAGGCUGGAUGGCGAUGGCUAUUUCUCGUUGAAGGUCUUAUCACUUUCGUCAUCGGGUUUAUGACCUUCUUCAGAAUGCCUCCGUCACCCACUCAGACGAAGACUUGGUUUCGGCCCAAGGGCUGGUUCACGGACAGGGAGGAAACUAUAGUCGUCAAUCGAGUGUUACGCGAUGACCCCACAAAGGGCGAUAUGCACAAUCGUGAGGGUUUAACCGUAAAACGCCUGUGGAUCGCGAUGUGCGAUUAUGACCUAUGGCCAUUAUACAUACUAGGUCUCAUGUUUGGUAUUCCAAAUACACCACCUUCUACAUAUCUCACCCUUUCUCUGAGAAAUCUGGGAUUCGAUACCUUCCAAUCCAACCUUCUCACCAUUCCUUAUAAUGUGGCUGGGAUAGUGACCAUGUUUGCCAUAACCCUUAUAUCUGAAACAGUGAACGAGCGUACUAUCAUCGCCAUGGCUGAAGACCUGUGGACGCUGCCAUUUUUGGUCGCCCUAUACACUCUACCGGCCAACCCAAAUCAAUGGAUAUACUUCGGAGUAACGUCCGGCCUGUUAUCUUUUCCAUACACGCAUCCUAUCCAGGUUGGUUGGUGCUCUCGUAACUCCGGUGCAGUUGCAAGUCGCACUGUGAAUGCCUCGAUAUACAACAUGUUUGUACAAGCCAGUAGUAUCAUUGCCUCCCAGAUUUAUGUGGCGAGCGACGCACCACGAUACCGGCGAGGGAAUAGUAUACUCAUUGCUAUUUCUUGUGUCAACCUUAUUUUCCUCUACCCGGCCACUAAGGCUUAUUAUAUCUGGCGCAAUCGUAAGCGGGUAGCGAUAUGGGAUGCUAUGAAUCCAGAGGAGCGUUCAAAAUAUCUCCUCACCACCAAGGAUGUUGGCAAUAGAAGACUAGAUUUCCGCUUUGCUCAUUAAAUGUUUUAUUUUUCCUGCGAACUGCAUGGCUCGACGGAUGAAUUUUGUCUAAUUCAAAUUAUCAUGAGCCAUUGCGCGUC